AUGAUCGAGUCGUCGUCGAUCAGAGAGAAGAAUGAUGUCGAGGCCGUGCCUGUUGGUGACUACUCCGGUGCUGUCAAAAAGACAGAUCCCUUGGAGAUCAAGCUUGUGAGAAAACUCGAUUACAGGAUCAUGCCCAUGUUGUGGGCAAUGUACUUUAUGAACUACCUUGACCGGAAUGCGAUCGCCAAUGCUCGUCUCAACGGCCUAGAAGAUGACCUGCACCUAGAGGGCACGCAGUACAACACGUGCAUCUCGAUCUUCUUCGCCGGAUACCUCCUGAUGCAAAUCCUCUCUAAUAUGCUCAUGUCCUCGGGUAAGAUCCGCCCCUCAUGGUAUAUGUGCACCUGCAUGGCCGCCUGGGCCAUCAUAUCUGCUUUAACGGCCUUGGUUCAGGAUGACAAGCGCCUAGUGGUCGUCCGCUUCUUCCUCGGCAUCGCCGAAGCGCCCUUUUACCCGGGCGCCCUUUACCUGCUGUCCGUCUUCUACACGCGCAAGGAGAUCGCCACUCGGAUAUCCAUCCUCUACUCGGGCAAUAUCUUUGCCACGACCUUCGCGGGGCUCAUUGCCGCUGCUACUUUCGAGACGCUUAAUGGCGCGCAUGGGAUCAAGGGCUGGCGGUGGCUGUUCAUCAUCGAGGGAGUAGUGACGCUUGGAGUGGCGGCGAUUGGGAUAAUUUUGCUUCCUGACACGCCUUUGACGACUUCUUGGUUGACGCCCGAGGAGAGGCAACUGGCGCAUGAUCGCAUCCAGCGCGACACGGUCGGCGGCGAGGAGAGCAAGGGAAGCAGAGCCGGGUUAAUGCAGGCGAUCAAGGACCCGAGGUUGUAUCUACUCUGCUUUAUGCAGAACAUGCAUCUCUCGGCCUGCUCGUUCAACAACUUUUCCCCCACCGUUGUCGGCAGACUGGGGUUCAGCUCCACCAUCACGCUGGUACUCACCUGUCCUCCUUACCUCCUGUCUAGCUUCUUCGGAUACUUGGUAGGUUGGACAUCGGGCCGCUACAACGAACGGACCUGGCACAUCACCUUCUCUAUGGGAGCUGCGCUCGUGGGAUUCGUCAUCUCGUGCGCGACGCUCAACUUCGGUGCAAGGUACUUAGCCUGUUUCCUGUUCGCGUCUGGAGCCUACGCCGUCAACUCGGUAAUCCUCGGCUGGGCCGUCAGUCUGUCGAUUGUCAAUGUCGUCGCCAACGCAUCUUACAUCUACACGGCGUAUUUGUACCCCAAAAACGAUGGGCCACGUUAUCUAAUCGCCAUGUCAAGCAACUGCGCUUUUGCAUUCUUGACCAUUGCGUCUGCGUGA